AUGCCUAAUACAAUACGAUCCGAUUCUUAUUCAGAAUCAGUUAAACAAGGAAUUCAUCCAUUAACUACAAUACCAAUAACAUCGAAUAGACGAGCAAAAACAAUUGAUAAUAUUAAUCGACGAUCGAUUUAUUAUCCAUCUGUUAAUGUAUUAUCUACAAGUACUAGAUCUAUUGGUCGAUCAACGAUGAUGACUUCAUCAUCGACUUAUCCAGAUUUUCAAAUACAACGACAAAGUGAAAAAACUAAUCCUAAACUAUUAAAUCCUUCAUUACAUAUAAAACCACCACGUGAAGUUUCUCUUCGUGUUAAAUUUAUUCGUCUUGGUGAAGUAAUUACAUUAGAAGAAAAAUUUUAUGCUGAAGUUGUUAUUGAAGCACGAUGGUUAUAUGAUCCUGAAGCAGCUUCAUGGAAUCCAAAUCUUUAUGUUAAAAAUGCACUUGGUGAUAUUAAACAAGAAGUUGCUAGUGAAUUAGUUGAUCAUUUAGAUGAACCUAUUUAUACAGAUAAGAAAAAAUAUGAUACAAUUUAUGUAUGGGAAAUACGUAAAGUUGUUGGUACAUUUUGGGAAAAACUUGAAUUAAAUAGUUUUCCAGCUGAUGUACAACAACUUUCACUUCAAAUUGUUACAAGACGUCCAAUUGAAGAAUGUAUUUUAGUUGAAAAUCGUUUUCAACCAUCUAUGGUUAAUCGAGAAGCUUUUUUAGCACAACAAGAAUGGUUUCUCUAUGAAAAUAUUGAAACACGUUCGACAAUAACAAUGGAAGAUUUUAGUUUUCGACCUAUUCGUCAAUCAACAUAUAUUGUAACAUGCUGUGUUGCACGUCGACCGGGUUAUUUUUAUUGGAAUGUUUAUUUACUUAUUUUUCUUAUUACAUUAAUUGCACUAACUGCGUAUGGUGUUGCACCUGAAUUUCCACAAAAUCGUCUUCAGAUUACAUGUACACUUUUACUUACUUCAAUUAUGUUUCGUUGGUCGGUAUCACGUCUUCUUCCACCUGUAUCUUAUUUAACAUUAUUAGAUAAAUAUACACUUAUAUCAUUAGUAUUUAUAUCUCUUAAUGCAAUAUGGCAUUCAAUAAUUGGCUUUCUUAUACGACGUAUGGAUAUAUCAAAAAUAAUUGAUUAUUAUGUGCUUAUUAUAUUUUCAAUAGUUUUUCUUGUAUAUCAUUGUAUAAUGAUUUUUUCAUUAUAUCAUGCAUUACGUCGUCGUCAAAUAAUGCUUGAAAGUGAUCGUAAAUAUGCAUCGAAAUUAGCUGGUUUAUUUGAAACAUUUGUACAAGGUCAUCAUGCUGUACAACAUUUUAAAGAUAGACAAAAUUCAAGUCAUACAUCUUUAUUUGUUUAA